CCCGACAAGAUCGACGCCCGUGAUUGGCCGAGUCCACACGGAGGCUCUACGGAGUACGGGACUACUCCGUAUUCCCAUUCUCUCUUCAACAACCAUCUCCCUUUUCAGACCUUUCUCACGCUGCUGGUCAGUGAGAUCGAUUGACUGCUUGUUUCCCUUCUAUUUCCCUCUUCUUUCUUGCUCCUGUUCCUGCGUCCCUUCUUCUCCCCCCCGGGUGUGGAACACCGCCCCCCGACCAUUCAACCACGUUCGACUUCCGCCUAUUUCACCUCCCCCCCCGAAGGCCAGCUUGACUUUUCCUCCUCUCCUCCUCCUCUUUCCGACUUAUCCUUUACGAACCGGUCCCUCCUCUAUGCGGCGACGAUAGUCCGAACAAUUCCCACCUCCCCCUCCCCCCGAUAACAUCCACGACUCGCCCCUCGAGGGGCUCAUACGGACCCCAACAUGUCUUAUCCCCAAGCCUACCCGGCUUCACACCGGCCCAUGCCCGCAUACAACCCCAUGGCAGCCAUCUCCGCGCCCGCGGGGACAUUUCUGCCUGGGACCAAGGUUCAGGUCGGCAGUCAUCGCGUUGUCGUGGAGAAAUACCUCUCAGAAGGCGGUUUCGCCCAUGUCUACGUCGUGCGGCUCCCCGUCCCCAUCGAUGGUACCGAAUCUGCUGUGUUGAAGCGGGUGGCUGUCCCGGACAAGGCCGCACUAGCCAAUAUGCGGACGGAGGUCGAGACAAUGAAGAAGCUCAAGGGUCACCGGUACAUUGUUAAGUACAUUGACUCCCAUGCGUCUCAGCUGCGCGGAGGUGGUUAUGAGGUCUUUCUUCUCAUGGAGUUCUGCUCUGGUGGGGGUCUCAUCGAUUUCAUGAACACGCGACUGCAGAAUCGGUUGACGGAGCCCGAGAUCAUCAAGAUCUUCUCCGACGUGGCGGAAGGUGUGGCGUGCAUGCACUAUCUCAAACCUCCUCUGUUGCAUAGGGAUCUUAAGGUUGAGAACGUCCUCAUUUCGCGCCGCGGUGGUGUCUCUUUCUACAAACUGUGUGAUUUUGGUUCGACCGCGCCUCCUCGCCCCGCGGCUACCUCGGCCGCAGAGGGCCGAUUGAUCGAGGAUGACGUUCAACGGCAUACGACGCUACAAUAUCGGAGUCCGGAGAUGAUCGAUGUCUAUCGGAAACAACCAAUUGACGAGAAGAGCGAUAUCUGGGCGCUGGGUGUCCUUCUUUACAAGCUGUGCUAUUAUACCACUCCUUUUGAAGAAGUGGGCCAGAUGGCCAUUCUCAACGCUAGCUACAAGUUUCCUAGCUAUCCGCAGUUUUCGGAUCGUUUGAAGAUGUUCAUCGCUUCCAUGUUGAAGGAGAACCCCCAGAAGCGUCCCAACAUUUACGAGGUCGUACGGGAAGUAUGCCUCAUGCAAGGCAAAGAAGUUCCCAUCAAAGACAUCUAUUCUGGUCGUUCCCAGUCGGAAGCCCGUCGGUACCAGGAACUACCGCCCUCGCCAACAGAGCCACCGCGAGUCGGUGCAGUCUUCUCCCCACCAGUUCAAGAGACACCGAUCAGUAUCCCGGAGAUAGCCCCCAUGCGGCGAGGUCGUCCAACAAACGCGAGUUCCCAGCAAAGCUCUGCCAAACCGAGCCCCUCCCCUUACCGCGACUCUGCAGAUCCUUUUGCAGUCUUGGACCGAGCUGGAAGCAAAUCUCGGGGCCCAGCUGAUGAACUUUCGAACCGGUUCCCGACUUUGGACCAGUUUGAUAUCCUGCAUGAAAAAGGAGGAAAAUUCGAUUUUGAACCGACAACCGCGAACUCGGAGGAACACCUGUCGCAGAAGCUCACCAAUGCACUGGCCGAUGAUGCUUUUGCUAAGCGUGAUGAGGAACCGGUCCGCGAGUCAGUGGUCAAUAGGCGUUCCCAAGUUCCUUCGUCGGUGGAGCAAACCAGACCAUCCGAGAAGUCUGCCUAUCAGCGAAAGGAGCUUCCUGCUACGCCUACCAGCCGACAGCAAACACCACUUUACCAACCAGUUCCCCAGAAACCUACAAUGGUGUCAACUGGUACGAUGACCUCGCCGGCUCCUACACCGGACUUGCUCGAAAAGAAGUCGAGCCGUCCUAUCUUUCGCUUCCCAUCUUCGGAUCAUCAGCGCCAGCUGUCUGGGCGGGGCAAGAGCCCGUCACCCCCACGGCUUCCGCCUAACAAGCCGGAGCCUCCCCCAAAGACUUCCACGGACAGAGUUAAUGAGCUCACGGCGUCUUCGUCGCGACUCUCACUGGACACAGCACGACCAUCGAGUCUGGAGGUCGGUGAUCCUCUGACGCGGUCGAAGUCGGCCAACGCCAAGCCUCGUCCGGUUUCUAUGUAUACCGGGAAGUACGACCUACCGCGGGAGUCAGAGAGUGCGCGGUCCUCCCUUGAGCUGUCUCGGAAUCCGUAUGAGGGUGUCCUGUCGCAAGCGCGGGCUGAUAUGGACCGGGACUACGACCGGGCGAAUAUCACGUCCGACAUUGACUACCUGCGAGCCAAGGAAGAGGAGGAGGUGAACCGGAAGCGCGAGAAGCGGGCCAGUGGAAGCUCGAAACAUCAUAGCAAGCGGUCAAGUCUCUCCCAUCUGUCGCUCUCCAACACGAAGACACUCUUUGCAUCUCGAUUUGGCGACGCGUUCCGCCGAUUUGAAGUUGGUCAAAACGACCAAAAGCCUCAGUCUCCUUCCACUGAGGAUAUCCCCAAGCAACCCUUAAUGGUCACGGCCUCAGAGGUGACCGAGCCUCCUGAAGAGGUAGACAACGAAGAAGGUGAUGGCGACAUCUCUCCGGAGAUGCGCCGUGAGCUCGAGCGAAGACGCCUUUCGCAGGAAGAAAAGCGAGUGGCUAGCGCAGCCGAGGAAUACCGGCGACGGGUAGCAGAAAAAGGAGGAUCGCGGCCUGGAGCAGAUGGCCGGUCGGUCACGAUACAAAACAAGGUGCAGAGCUUGAUGGGCGAGAGCAGUAAAACCGCACCGCAAAAGACCGCUACAGGAUAUGGCCGGUUCACGGAACAAUCAAACCCACCAGCUUUGCAGGCAAAGCCGAGUGAGCUGCGUUCGGAACCGCUGUCACAGGAUUCAACCCCAGUGUACGGCUCCUACACGGGAGGCGGACCAUCCCCCGCCAUCAAGGAAACCCCCAUCCCUAAGCUCUCGACCGCCUCGACAGAAUACGCACCCACCCAGCGCGCACAGCGCACAGGACCGCGCCCAGCAGCCCCUCCCAAACCCAAGAGUCUCCGCGUCGACUCCGACCUAACGCAGUCCGGCCUGGACCGCAGCCCAACGGUAGCCAAGACACCCACCUCCCCAAGUGAAGACUGGGAGACGAGUUUCAGCCGGCGCUACCCCAGCCUCUCGGGGCUGGAGAUGGUGGAGACGGAGAUUGAGAUAUCCAAAGUGACGAGUCUGCGGACCAAGGAGGUGUAAUCGCAUGUACUUUAGCCAGUGUUUCUAUCUUUUGUUCUAUUUUUCACGCCGAGAGCGCCAGACUUGGAUUUAUGUUGAGAUUUGUUAUUUGCCGUGUAUGGCUAUAGACUAGUGAACUAAUUUGUUGCAUAUAGCG